AUGGCCCUGGUCGAUCCUUCCAACCCAGGUGGCGGCAUACUUGUUGAUGCCAGCUCCAUCGGGCGACCGAUAGGAGACACCUCCUCGUCCGCAGUCUUUGUUAGCGAUUUGCCGAAGAAUUUUCAAGGUGGUGAUGAGGCUUUGCACUUUGCUCUGGGGCAGCUUUUCGGACAGUAUGGCAAGAUCAGAAAGAUCGAGUUGUACAUGGACAAGGGCAUCCUGGAGACGGAAAACUUCAAAGGCGAAGCACUGGUGGUCUACCAUACGAGCAAAUUCACUGGUACCCAUGAUACAGGAGACCCUGUGUACGAGGCGUGCCGGGACUUGGACGGAAGAGUUCGAGUGCUGGGACAUCGAAACUGGCGAAUCCGGUGCGAGGCUGCCGUCUGGCAGAAAGAAGGCUUCAAUGUCAAGGACCGCGCGAAGAAGUUUCCGUGCGUUGAGAUUGGAAAUCUUUGGGAGUACACCUCUUCAACUCCGAUGUCUUGGUUUAUGGACAUUCAGGAGGUGAUUCGCAAGCACGUCAGCGAACACAUUAAAGAGCCGUUCGUCAAGGUGGAGCCCUCGGAAGGCCAAGCCACCAUUUGGUGCAAAGGUGCUCAGGAUGCCAUGAAGCUGGCUUCCCUUAUGCAGAAGAGCUACUUCAUGGGGCGCAAGGUGGUGGCCUCCUUAUGCAGAAAAGCCAAGCCAGUUUCAGAGCUUCUUCCUCGGGUCCCGCAGCAUCUCUCGUUCAAGGCUCCUUCCAAUGCAAAGGCUUUGGACGAGGUCGCUCUUGCUCCUGGCAAGCUUGCGCCGGAGGUGGCUGCAGCAAUAAGGAAGCAGGCAGAGGAGUUGGCCAAAGUCGCCAGCCCCAAGGAGCCCAAAGAGGAAUCUGGCGAGACAGCCGAGACUCCUGUGGCUGUUCCAUCGUUUCUUCUUCGGGAAGGUUGUGCUGUUGUCCUGAAAGACUUGGUGUCCAAGCCAGAGAACAAUGGCAAAAGAGCCACUAUUGUUCGCUUUCUUGAUGACCAGCAGAAGUACCAGGUAAGCCUGGAGGGGCGCUUUGUGAAGCUCAAGCCGGAGAACGUUGAGGUUGUGGAGGAUGCGGUCCCAAAACGACUACCGAAAAGCUUGGAGGAGGAGGAAGAUGAGGAUGUUGACGACCAGGAGAUCGAAGCCAAUGCGCAGGCGGUUGCGAACGAAAUGGCGAAUGUGGGGGUGAAGCCGGCAGACGCUGACAAGCAAGAGGAUUUCACAGCGUCUGCUGCUGGCAUGUUUGGAAGACAUGGUAUCAUGCUUCGCAAAAAGAGUUGGUGUGGGAAUGUAUGCCAGGACCGUGUGUGUCGAUCCUUCCUUGCUGCCCAAAAGAGAGCAGGAGGAGGCAGAACAAGAGAGGGGGCGGAGCAGGUCACGCGAGCGAUGGCGUCAGGAGAAGCUGGAAGCCAUUGCAGCACGGGUCGAAGCCAGCAAAGUGGAGGGCAAGCGAUGUGGAUGGGUUGUCUCUGGACCCCCGCCUGA